UAUAUAAGGGUAGCCAGCCAUCGGAAUUUUUUGGUAACUACCUCCCUCAAUUUCUUGAAGAAAAUCAUGUUCGAUAUCCUCGAUGUCAUCUCUACUGGCCCAACCGAGCCUGAUGUUGCCCAUGACUUUUCCCCCGUUAUGAUCAUCUACAAAGAUGGCAGGGCAAAGAGACUCGUGGGCAAUGAGAUUGUUCCCCCUUCUCUAGAUCCCAAAUCAAAUGUUCUGUCCAAAGAUGUUGUCUAUUCACAGGAAGAAAAUUUAUCUUCUAGACUUUUCCUCCCAAACAACAUCAAUGCCAACAAAAAGCUCCCUCUUUUACUUUACUUUCAUGGCGGAGGCUUUGGCCUUGAGACUCCCUUCUCGCCUACGUACCAUGGCUAUCUCAACACAUUAGUUGCAGAGUCUCAAAUAAUCGCCAUCUCAGUUGAUUAUAGAAGAAUCCCAGAACAUCCCAUCCCCAUUCUGUAUGGCGAUUCAUGGGCUGCUGUUAAAUGGGCUGCAUCUCAUGCCGAUGGGGAUGGUCCUGAAGAGUGGCUAAAUAGCCAUGCUGAUUUCAACAAGGUGUUUUUUGCCGGAGAUAGUGCUGGUGCUAACAUAGCACAUCACAUGGCCAUGAGGUAUGGUGAAGAGAGAUUAGUCGGUGUUAAUCUCAUCGGGAUUAUUCUAGUACAUCCUUUCUUCUGGGGCAAAGACCCUAUUGCCAACGAAGUUGAUGUAGGCGAGACAAUGCGAGAAUUGAUGGAGACUAUUUGGCGUUGUGCGUGUCCUACAACAAGUGGAUGCGAUGAUCCUUUAAUUAAUCCGAUGAAUGAUCCAAAAUUGCCCAGAUUGGGGGGCAACAAGGUGCUUGUUGCUGCUGCUGGGAAAGAUGUGUUGAGGAACAGGGGGAGGUUGUAUUGUGAGACCUUGAAGAACAAUGGAUGGGGUGGAAGGGUUGAGUUCAUGGAGGCCAAAGAAGAGGCUCAUGUUUUCCAUUUGCCCAACCCUACCUGCCAAAAUGCUGUGGCAAUGCUUAGGAAAAUUGUUUCUUUCAUACAUGAAGAAUGACUGAAUGCGAUUUUUUGUUGCCUCUAA